AGUGAGAUUAGUUAAUGAUCUCGCAUGUGGUGUGGACUAGACUAAGGGAGGAUGAGGGCACGGGGUGGAAGCAAGGAAUGGCGCUAAUCUAUUCCUAGCUACUACCACACCUUUUCCCCUGUAACUACUACUGCUCCGCACUCUACCGGUACUGUACUUGUACUGGCGGUGGCGGUGGCGGUGGCGUCUUUGCCUCCUGGGCGCCUUCCCCUUCAUCCUCUCCUAACACUGCUCUGCCUCCUCCACAUGGGCUUGGUGUCGUCCAUGGCGUGGUACCAAAAUGGCAGUCAGGCUCCGUCGUCUUUCUGCGGUUCAGGGGCUCUUUGCGUUUGUGGAAGGAGGGGCGCCGCGCCUGAGCAGACAUGGUUGUGAUCUGUGGGAGCAUUGGUGACUGCUGCUGCGCUUGCGGUUCCUGCUGUGCGGCGCGCGUGAGGAGAGGGCAAGAUGCGUUCUCUUGCUCUUGUGGUGGUUCUUUCUUCGGUUAUUGGAUCCAGAGGUACUACUCUGGCCCCUUCUCCAGGUGUUUCUGAUUCUCCAGCAAAUCAAGGACAAGCUUCUAGUCCCCCUGAACCUGCGAUUGCUCUUGGUCCAGUAACUCUUCCAACAGCGCCUUCCACUCCGUCAGUAAGUCCUUCCCCAGAGGAGGGAGCAAUUAGCCCUGCUGUUCCUACCGAGCCGCAAGAUGCUCCGAGUCCAGUAGCUCCCCCUAAAGAAUAUAAUGUGCCUCCUCCAGUUGAGGUUGCACCCCCUGAUCCCACUGAUGAGGUUCCUCCACCAGUAGCUCCUCCACAAGCUGCAGUUGGAAAUCCCACUCCAGUACUUCCCGGGACACCUGCAUUCCUACCUUCUGUUCAGGCACCUGCUCCAUCUGUUGCCCUCAAGCCUAAUCCACCAGCUGUGCCACCUCCAUCUGUGAGCAAUCAACCAAGUACGCCAGUUGGAUCAGUCCCUCCUUAUCCACCUCCUGCAUUCCCCCCUCCGGUAAAUGGCGUUCCACCGCACCCAUCUACAGGGAGUUUUCCUGCCAUUCCUCCUUCCACUUCAGCUCCACGUGUAAAACCUCCGAGCGCAUCGCCUGUCAUUGCACAAGCACCGCGACAGCAGGCAGAUGUUCCAAGUAGUGAGCAUAAGAGUGGAAGCACGAUGCCCCCAGCAAAUAGUUCGCCUCCUGCAAGUCUCACGAACCAUCAUGUUCCACGUGCAUCUCCUCCAAAGGAAUCCAGUGGUCAAACUGUCCCAGUUCAUAAAUCACCGAUUACAGGGUCUGCGCCUGCUACAAGUCCUUUGCCCCAGAACACAAACAUGCCUUCAAUCCCGAAGAACGCUUCAUCAGUUUCACAUGCUCAACCCUCACCGCCAAGUGUAGCUCCUAAAUCAGCGCCCGCUAGUAGAUCUCGUGCUUGGGGACGGAAAUCCAAUAGUCCCAAGAAUGGAGCAAAUCCGUCAUUUGCCCCAUCUUACCCGCCAUCUCGUGCUCAAGGGCCUGAGGUCUCACGAGCUCCAAGACAGACUGGGACUAAAAGGCAAAAUCACCAUGCGCCUCCACCUAUGCCUCAAGGUCAUUCACACUUUCCUGUACAUUCCCCAUCACCUUCGCCAGUGUCAUCAAGAGGUCCCAAUGGAAACAGAAGGGAUCAUAUUUCUCCUACUCUUCCACCGAUCCCUCCCCAACCAGAGCCAAAAGCACCAUCAGCUCAUCCUAUUUGGGCAUUACCUCCACCACCACCUAAUUCGGAUUGCAAUGCAUUAGCAUGCCCAGAGCCUCUAACAGAUCCACCUGCGGGAGCCCCAUGUGCUUGUGUUCUACCAAUCAAAGUCGGAAUUCGUCUAAGUGUUGACCUUUAUUCAUUCUUUCCGUUGGUCUCUGAUUUUGCUGAAGAGGUAUCGUCUGGGGUAAACAUGGCUGUUAGGCAGGUUCGUGUUAUGGGUGCAAAUGUGGCUGGUGAUCAGCCAGGCAAGACAGUUGUUCUUUUUGAUCUAGUACCGAUGCAAGUGAAGUUCGACAAUGCUACAGCAAUUUCAGCAUUUGAAAGCUUGUGGAGCAAAAAAGUUUCCCUAAAACCAUCAGUCUUUGGGGAGUACAAGAUUCUCUAUGUUGUGUAUCCAGGGCUUCCUCCUUCUCCACCUUCAGCACCGGAAAGCAUUGGUGAUGGGGCAUUUGGUAACAACAGAAAUGCACAGGCAUUGAAGCCUCUCGGAGUUGAUGUUAGCAGACCCAAAAGAAAAGUGAAUGGCAGCCUAAUUGCUAUUGCUGUAUUGUCUACUGUUAUUGCAUUGAUUAUUUGCUCUCUGGCUGCAUGGUUGUUGAUACUUGCAUUCAAGGGUUCAGGUGACAUGGUUCAAACAUUUCCACAUAGUGUACUUCCAAAAUUUUCCAGGUCAUCUGGGACAGCUCACACGCUUUUAGCCGGUCGCUAUAGUUCACCUUCAGGUCCAUCUGGUUCACUGGGCUCAAGCAUCGCAACAUAUGCAGGACAGGCACAAACAUUCAAAUUUGCUGAGAUUCACAAGGCUACAAAUGGCUUUGAUGAUUCAAAAGUACUUGGAGAAGGUGGCUUUGGAUAUGUCUACCAGGGCACACUUGAAGAUGGAACCAUGAUUGCUGUAAAGGUUCUGAAGAGAUAUGAUGGCCAGGGUGAGCGAGAGUUCUUGGCUGAGGUUGAGAUGCUGGGACGCUUGCAUCACCGGAAUUUAGUCAAGUUGUUAGGCAUAUGUGUAGAGGAGAACGCACGGUGUCUGGUGUAUGAGCUUAUUCCAAAUGGCAGUGUAGAAUCCCAUUUGCAUGGAGCGGACCACGAGACUGCUCCACUUGAUUGGAAUGCCCGUAUGAAGAUAGCGCUGGGGUCAGCGCGGGCACUUGCAUAUCUACAUGAAGAUUCAAGUCCUUGUGUGAUUCAUCGUGAUUUCAAAUCAAGCAAUAUUCUUCUUGAGCAUGAUUUCACACCAAAAGUGUCUGACUUCGGACUAGCCAGGACCGCAAGGGGAGAAGGGAACCAGCACAUUUCCACUCGUGUCAUGGGAACGUUCGGGUAUGUUGCACCAGAGUACGCCAUGACUGGGCAUCUCCUUGUAAAGAGUGAUGUGUACAGUUAUGGAGUUGUACUGCUUGAGCUCCUCACUGGUCGGAAGCCUGUGGACAUGUCUCGGACUGCAGGGCAAGAGAACCUAGUCGCAUGGGCUCGCCCCCUUCUAACUAAUGUGGUGAGCCUGCGCCAAGCUGUUGAUCCACUUCUUGGGCCUAAUGUACCACUCGACAGUGUGGCAAAAGCAGCUGCCAUCGCAUUAAUGUGUGUGCAGCCUGAGGUCGCACACCGCCCCAGCAUGGGCGAAGUAGUGCAGGCCUUGAAACUCAUCUGUAGUGAGGGUGAUGACGGUAUUGUAUCGGGGAGAUUCAGCCAGGAGUUGCCGGUGCAAACUACAGAAGUUUACGAUGUGACUGGCAUGGAAGCGGAGAGGGUGCUAAUAUCUGAGAUAUUUGGCUCGACACCUGUCUUCACUCCAGCUGCUGAUUCGGGUUCUUUCCGCAAGCAGUCCAGCUCAGGCCCCCUGAUGACAGGCAAGAACAGGAAGUUCUGGCAGAGGUUGCGAAGCUUGUCAAAGGGGAGCAUGAGUGAGCAUGGUGUCUCACCAGAUUAUGAGACGCGCUCACAAUAUAGCAGUAGGUGAUCCUUUUUGUUCACCUUCUAGUCUUGAUUGGAAAUAAAAAGAGUUUCAGGUUGAGGUCGUGUAAAUUAUGCACCUGGAGAUAAAAGCUUGUAGUUCAGGAUCAUCAGAGUGGCAGAGUGGAGCUUGAGUUGUGAACUACUGGAGGUUUACUGCAUAUGCAACCAUACUCCUGAAUCUUGAUACAGUUUGUUAGUUUGAAUUAUCCGUGUUCUUCUUUUGUUUUAGUUAGUUGUUUAUUUGUGCCUACCUUUUGUUUGAUCAGUUGUUUUGAUAGGAUUGUUGAUGUAUAGAUUCAGACUGCAUUUCUUUUGGCCUUGUGGACUUCGACUCCUUGUACACUAACAUUUUCUGCAAUGACGAUAAUAGCUUCGUGGCUCU